AUGUCGAAUUUGUCAAAGAUUGAAUUUAUGGCACUUGACAUCUCUGGAAAUAACUAUUUGCCAUGGGUACUUGAUGCUGAAAUUCACCUUGACGCUAAAGGUCUUGGUGACACUAUUAAAGAAGGAAAUGAAGCAUCAAGUCAGGAUAAGGCGAAAGCCAUGAUUUUCCUUCGCCAUCAUCUCGAUGAAGGGUUAAAAAGUGAAUAUUUAAUCUUGAAAGAUCCAUUUCAAUUAUGGAUUAGUUUGAAGGAACGAUAUGACCACCUAAAGGCCACGGUAUUGCCAAGAGCUCGUCAUGAGUGGAUGCACUUACGGCUACAAGAUUAUAAGACCAUAAGUGAAUAUAAUUCUGCUAUAUAUAGAAUAAUUUCCCAACUAAAAUUAUGUGGGGAACCUAUGAAUGAUGAGGACAUGCUGGAAAAGACUCUUUCCACUUUUCAUGCCUCAAAUAUGGUGUUACAACAGCAAUACCGUGAAAAGGGCUUUAAGAAAUAUUCUGAGUUAAUUUCAUGUCUUUUGGUAGCUGAACAACAUAUUACCCUUUUAAUGAAAAAUCAUGAAGCCCGCCCCACUGGAUCAACUCCAUUUCCAGAAGUGAAUCUGGGAAUAAUUGAUCCAAAUUCUGAAAAAAGACAAAAUAAUUUUUGUGGCCGUAUGAAUAUACGUAGGCGUGGCAAGGCGCGAAAUAAUAAUCGCCAUGGUGGUGGUCGUUAUAAACAAGAGAACAAUAAGGGUUCUCAGAGUAAUCCUUCAAAAGGCAAAGGUAACGUUUGCCACCGAUGUGGUAUGAAAAAUCAUUGGGCACGAAUUUGUCGUACACUUGAACAUUUUGUCAAACUUUAUCAAGCAUCUAUAAAAGGGAAACAAAAUAAAGUUGAGACUCACUUGACUUUUCAAAAUGAUGUUGAGGCAGGCCCUAUGAAUAAUCAGGAUAAAGUUGAAGCAAACCUUGCCUAUAAAGAUGAUAUUUUUGAAGGUCUUGCAGAUAUUACUCAUUUAGAAGCUGGAGACUUCUUUGAGCAUCAUAACUGA